AAAAUGACUGUUGUCACCUUUCAUUUUGCAACCUAACAUAUAUAUAGUAGCACAUGACAAAGCCGACUGCUUACAUAACUUUAGAAAAAAAAAAAAAAAAAAACACCUCUACGUAAGUUGUGUAAUCUCUUUAUAUCUUCAUUGAGUUUGGCGGUUGUGUAAUUCCGGCGGAGGAGAAGAAAAGAUGGUUCUAGAAAGGCUAGUUGGUUUAACGAUGCAUAUAAUCUUAUCGAAAUUGACGGCUCAAGAUGCUGCAUCUGUUGCUUGCGUUAGCAGGAGGUUUAGGAAUUGCAGUUCUGAUGAUUUGCUCUGGGCCAAAUUCUGUGCUGAUGAACUUGACUUAUCUUCUCCAAUUGACCCACUUGGAAAUCCCCUGCCCGAUUUCAAGGCAUGCUAUCAAACAUGGAGGGAGGCUUUUAAUAUGUACCCAUGGCCCUUGGUUAUUCGAGUUAAAAGAUUUUGGGGCAGACUAAGAGAGUGGCUAGCCAUAAAUUUCCCUGAAGUUUUGUCUACAUUGCGUAAAGGUGCAUCUGAGGACGAAAUACUAGAGUUGGAGAAGAGUUUGAAAGUAAAGCUGCCUCUACCUACUAGGGUUCUCUACCGGUUUUAUGAUGGUCAAGAACUAACAAGUGAGGAGUCCGGUGGAAGCGUGCCUACAAAUUUAUUAGGCCUCAUAGGAGGCUACUCCUUUUAUGACCAUCUGGUUAAUGUAUUUCUGUUGCCUUUACAUCAAAUGAUUAUAGAAACCAAAGAAAUUAUCAGACAUCUCGGAUUUGGCAAUCGAUCCAAGUACGUUGUUGUAGCUUCCUCUUGCGGCUACAAUGAAAAGAUUUUCUUUCUGAACUGUUCCAAUGGUCAACUUUAUGUUGGUACAAGGAAUCUCACAACUGAUGGAGAAAUGAUUCCUUGUGUACCGAAUGCCUUGAUAAAUUCGUUGCAUGAUGUAAAAGGAACUCAACAACAAGAUGCCGUGCUAUUGUGGCUAGAGGAACAUGUCCAUCGCUUGCAACAUGGCAUGAUCAAAGUCCGUAAAGAAGGAAAAGUGAAAAGUAUCUGUCUUUUUCCAGAAGAGGCUCCACUUUGUUCUCUUGCUGUUACAAAUGGUGUAAAGGUUCGUGCUUCUUCUGUGUUCGUCCCAGAGUUCAGUAACAUUCAAGAUGAAGAUGAGAAGUUUUUGUUUGCUUAUUCUAUCCGUAUGUCUCUUUCACCUGAAGGAUGCAUAAUGAAUGGAAUGACCCUCAAUUCCUGCCAACUAUAUUGGAGACAUUGGAUCAUCCGCUGCAAUGAUAUUAUUGUAGAUAAUGUAAAUGGAGAAGCGGUGAUAGGAAAGUUUCCAUUGCUACGAUCGGGGGAGGAAGAAUUUGUAUAUGAGAGUUGCACACCACAAUCAUCUUCACCGGGGUCGAUUGAAGGAGCUUUUACUUUCAUACCUGGAAGAUUAGCAGAUCCAAAAGGUAGUCCGUUCGAAGCUGUGGUGUCAAGAUUUCCCCUUCUGGUGCCGGACUAUAUUUUCUGAUGGAACUCAUUCAAAGUCCACCCUCCUAUGUUAUGCGGUUGUUUAUAGUGAAUAAGCGCUAUCUUGCUCCUGUUAUUUGAUGUGUCAUCUUUGUCCUUAACCCCCUUCUUGCUGUGCUAUGCUUAUAAUGCUUCUUUGGUUUACUGUUGUGUUCUUUUCCUGUGGCAGAAAAUUAUUUGGACUGUGGCAGACUGUACUGUCUUGUAGAAAAGGAUAUAACAUGAAAUGCCAAGCUUUGCAUUGUGCAA